AUGAAUGUCCUCCAUCACCCCCCUGGUUCCCCUGUUCUCCCCCCCUGGUUCCCCUGUUCCCCCUCCCUGGUUCCCCCGUUCAGCCCCCCCUCUGGUUCCCCUGUUCCCCCCCCCCUGGUUCCCCUGUUCCCCCUCCCUGGUUCCCCUGUUCCCCCCCUCCUGGUUCCCCUGUUUCCCCCCCCUGGUUCCCCUGUUCUCCCCCCCCUGCCCGACUGUCCUCCUCUUUCCCCCCCUGUCCUCCUCUCUCCCCGCCUGUCCUCCUCUCUCCCCCCCUGUCCUCCUCUCUCCCCCCCUGUCCUCCUCUCUCCCCCCCUGUCCUCCUCUCUCCCCCCUGUCCUCCCUCUCCCCCUGUCCUCCUCUCCCCCCCCUGUCCUCCUCUCUCCCCCUUUUUAUCAUCCCUUCCUCACUCCUCCCAUCCGUUCCUCGCCUCUCUCAUCCCUUCCUCCCUUCUCUCACCCCUUCCUCCCCUCUCUCAUCCCUUCUUCCCCUCUCAUCCCGUCCUCCCCUCUCUCAUCCCUUCCUCCUCUCUCUCAUCCCGUCCUCCCCUCUCUCAUCCCUUCCUCCCCUCUCUCAUCCCUUCCUCCCCUCUCUCACCUCUUCCUCCCCUCUCUCAUCCCUUCCUCCCCUCUCUCAUCCCGUCCUCCCCUCUCUCAUCCCUUCCUCCCCUCUCUUUUCCUUUUUCAACCCUGUUAUUCUGUCCCUUUUGCAAUGAGGCUCGUCUGGGCCUUCGAGAUGCUGAAAACAGGAGCAAGAGAAGGCAGCACGUCCAUGCAGGUCGUCUGGGCCUCUGUCAUGCUCGCCUGGGAUGGUGCGGGGGCGGGAGGGGAUGGGGAGAGGACGGAUGGGAAAAGGAUGGAUGGGGAGAGGAGGGAUGGGGAGAUGAGGGAUGGGGAGAUGAGGGAUGGGGAGGUGAGGGAUGGGGAGAUGAGGGAUGGGGAGAUGAGGGAUGGGGAGGUGAGGGAUGGGGAGAUGUGGCAUGGGGAUGAGAGGGAUGAUUCGGGAGUAUGGAGAGGAGGGCACGACGACUCGCCCCCACUCCUCCACCUCGCGUCCACCCCAUCCCUGAGGGCAAAGGAUGGGAUGGGGUUGACGGGGAUGGUGACUCGGGGAGGGGCACACAGGGCGGGUUUCCGCAUCAUUUACAGCAACAGCAGCAAGGAUAGGGAGGUGAGGGAUGGGGAGGUGAGGGAUGGGGAGGUGAGGGAUGGGGAGAUGAGGGAUGGGGAGGAGAGGGAUGGGGAUGUGAGGGAUGGGGAGGAGAGGGAUGGGGAGGUGAGGGAUGGGGAGGAGAGGGAUGGGGAGGUGAGGGAUGGGGAGAUGAGGGAUGGGGAGGAGAGGGAUGGGGAGGAGAGGGAUGGGGAGGAGAGGGAUGGGGAGGUGAGGGAUGAGGAGAUGAGGGAUGGGGAGAUGCAGCAUGGGGAUGAGAGGGAUGGGGAGGUGAGGGAUGGGAGAUGA